UUCUCUGUUUUUUUACCAAGAAAAAGAAACCAAAUCUUUCCUUCUUUGUUCGAAAAACAAGAAAAUGUCUGGUUUCAUUUUGUUGGUAACAGGUUGGCCUGGACCCAGCGGCUUCGGUUCAGCUUCUACUGCUGAAGAGGUUACUCAAGGCAUCGAUGGAACCAACCUCACUGCUAUAAUAACCGGCGGAGCAAGUGGAAUUGGGUUGGAGACUUCAAGAGUAUUGGCUCUUCGUGGUGUUCAUGUCAUCAUCGGUGCGAGGAACUUGAAAGCUGCUAAUGAAGAAAAAAAAAUCAUUCUUGCAAAAACCGAAACCGCACGAGUUGAUGUCUUGGAGCUCAAUCUGUGCUCCAUUAAAUCCAUCAGAGAAUUUGCAGACAACUUCAUCGCUCUUAAUCUUCCUCUCAAUAUCUUGAUUAACAAUGCCGGGAUCAUGUUCUGUCCCUUUCAUCUUUCUCAAGAUGGAAUCGAGGUUCAGUUUGCAACUAAUCAUAUUGGGCAUUUCCUCUUAACCGAGCUUCUUUUAGACAAAAUGAAGAACACAGUGAAAGCUAGUGGUGUUCAAGGAAGGAUUGUGAACUUAUCAUCAAUAGCACACACCUAUUGUUAUGAAAAUGGGAUCCAAUUUGAUCGGAUAAAUGCUAAAGAAGGUUACAAUGACAAAAGAGCAUAUGGACAGUCCAAAUUAGCAAAUAUAUUGCAUGCCAAUGAACUCUCUCGCCGAUUGCAGGAGGAAGGUGUGAACAUCACAGUAAAUUCAGUUCAUCCAGGAUUGAUAAUGACGCCUCUGUUUAAGCACGUUGCCAUUCUAAUGAAGUUUUUCAAGUUCUUCAGUUUCUUCCUAUGGAAGAAUGUUCCACAGGGUGCAGCUACGACGUGCUACGUGGCCCUCCACCCACGGCUGGAGGGAGUCACCGGGAAGUACUUUGUAGACUGCAAUGAGAUGACACCAAGUUCAUAUGCUAGAGAUGAGGCUUUGGCAAGGGAAUUAUGGGAAUUCAGCCACAAAUUGAUAAACUCAGUUUCAAAAUGAAAA